CUUGCAUAUAUGCAAAUAAUAGAUAGGAAACUAUAUUUUUCUACUUGUGGCCUGUGGUGUUUUGGGCGUAAAGAAGUUUCCUUGUUCGAGAACGAUGGUUCUCUAACCAAUCAUCGGUGCCGCAUUAACUCCCAUCCCAAUCAUUUGGGUGUGGAUCCAUUAGGCUUUGCCCUGAUCCCAAACAUACAACACAUACCGAUACAAAAUUAAGCCGGUGGUAUUGCCAUGUCUAUCCUUGCAAAACUUGUCAUAUAUUCGAUCAUUAUAACGAGGUUUUUUGAGAAGCAGUAGGUCAAAAUGUCCCAAGGUAAUUCGAGAAGUCAAAUAUUAAUACAAGACUCAUCGAGUCUUUUCGACAUAGGGCGUUGUUCUAUUUUCAAUAGAAACUUCCGAUGAAGGGAAUUGCGAGUCCGUACCCACUCUCGCAAGCUGGGACCAGAGACCUUUGUCGUAGGAUCCCAUCCAAUUAUUGCCCCGAAAUAACACGAUUGGAGUGAUCGGAUGACCGGGUUGACGGGGUGUGACGCGGGAUCUGGGCAUGAGGAGUGUUAUUUAAAAUAGUCGUUGGAUGGGAUACUCGGCAUAGACUUUUACUCCUUACUCCACUGGGUCCCACGGUUGAUGAAGUCCCGCUUAAAGCACGCCGGACGGGCGCACGGUAAGGCGACGUCCUGGAGAAUUUUGUUUCGCGGUUGCCACGCCGGCGUUCGCCGCCUCCGAUGAAUCUAAGAUCCGAAUCGCAGCCCGGAGGGCGGAAAUCUAGGUCCUCCUUCGUCGCGACCCCGGACCGAUGGGAGAACUCGCGGAGCUCUGCCGCCUCCUUCGCGUCCUCGGCCGCCAUGGGCGGCAGAAAGUCGCCGGUUCGCAAGCGGAACGCGUUCAAGGCCUUCCUCAGGGCGUUCGUCUCGUUCUUCUCCUCAUCCUCCUUCAAGCCUGAGAUCACGUCGCCGAGACCGAGGACGACUCGAACCCUCGAGUCUCCUUACGCAACUCCUAGUCGUCUUUCGCAUUCUAGCUUGAGGGAAUCAAGAAAAGGGACAAUCCAUGGCAGAGAUUCACCGUGGCAGAGAGAAACUGGGACUACACAGUUCACCAUGGAGGAGAUCUUGAAAGCAACGAAGAACUUCUCCCCAUCGUUAAAGAUUGGGCAAGGUGGGUUUGGUACAGUCUAUAAAGCGACACUUGACGAUGGCACACCCAUUGCAGUUAAACGCGCCAAGAAGAGCACGUAUGAGAAUCAUCUGAGUGUCGAGUUCCAGAGUGAGAUCAACAUAUUGGGACAAAUUGAGCACUUGAAUUUGGUUAGAUUCUUUGGUUAUUUGGAGGAUAAUGAUGAGAGGGUCGUUGUUACUGAAUAUGUGCCUAAUGGAACUCUAAGAGAGCAUCUUGAUGGAUUUCGUGGAAACUUUCUUGAGCUUUCAGCACGACUUGAUAUUGCAGUUGAUGUAGCUCAUGCUGUCACAUACCUUCAUAUGUACGCAGACCAUCCAAUUAUCCACAGAGACAUCAAAUCAUCUAAUAUUCUUCUUACUGAAAACUUGCGGGCUAAGGUUGCUGAUUUUGGCUUUGCCCGGUUCGGUAUAAACGAGGCUGGAGUUACCCAUAUUUCCACCCAAGUAAAAGGGACUGCUGGUUAUUUGGACCCAGAGUAUCUUAGAACUUAUCAACUCACAGACAAAAGUGAUGUGUACUCAUUUGGUGUGUUGCUAGUAGAAUUAAUAUCUUCACGGCGCCCUAUAGAGCGUAAACGAGAACUCAAGGAAAGGAUAACAAUAAAAUGGGCGUUGAAGAACUUCCAACAAGGGAAAACAAUUCAAGUUUUGGACCAUAAUAUUCCACAUACUCCGGCAAAUAAUCUGGCUUUGGAGAAGAUUCUUGAGCUGGCUUUCCAGUGUUUAGCUCCUUCAAGGCAAAAUAGACCCAGCAUGCGGAGCUGUGCUGAAAUAUUAUGGAACAUUCGGAAGGACUACAGAGAGUUGUUGUCUUCAGAUCUCCUCUCUCAGACUUCGCAUCAAAGAAACCUUUCCAUUAGCGGAGAUGAAACUUAAAAGUGAUAUUAAGAUUCGUAUGCGGUAAAAAGUAGCUGAACUUGCAAACUCAGCGCUCUCUAGCAUCACUGGUUGUACAUACAAGACUUAUAGAGAACAUGUCGAAAAGAUGAUUUCAUUAAUAUUUUGAGAAGGAAUGAGUAAUGUUGGUGA